GUCCUCUUCUCUCUCAUUCAAGUCUGCGCGAGAGCUUCCAGAUGGAAUAGCAGCGCUUCUCUGUCUGUGGAGGAGGAUCCGAGCUUGACUUCAGGACCGCGUCUCCAGUGAGGUUCCGGCGGGACUGGACCCAUCCCAGAGCUCAACCUCGACCAGACGCCUUCAGGGUCAUGGGCGGGUCAGCGGCGUGGGCCGGGCCACCUCUGGCGUGGACCAUGGCUCCUCCCCUCCUGGCUCUCUCCAUCAUCUGCGCCGCCGCCUCCAUCCUGCCGCAGCCUGUGCCGCGAGUCUUCCUCUCCUUCCAAGAUCUGCAGGCGUCCAAGACCUUUGAACACUACAGUCUGUCAGAGACGCCGAUGGACUACAGGAUCCUGCAGAUGGACGAAGACCAGGACAGGAUGUAUGUGGGCUGCAAGGACCACGUUCUCUCCGUGGACAUCAACAACAUCACCCACGGCACACUGAAGGUGUUUUGGCCGGCUUCCCCCAGCAAGGUCGAGGAGUGCCAGAUGGCAGGCAAGGACCCCACGCACGGCUGUGGCAACUUCAUCCGUGUGGUGCAGCCGUACAACCGCACUCAUCUGUUCAUGUGUGGCAGCGGAGCCUACAGUCCUGUCUGCGUCUACCUCAACCGAGGUCGCAGGCCCGAGGAGCAGAUCUUCCACAUUGAUUCCAAGACGGAGCCCGGGAAGGGACGGUGCUCCUUCAACCCCGACGUCAACACCGUCUCAGUCAUGCUCAACCAGGAGCUGUUUUCGGGCAUGUACAUCGACUUCAUGGGGACGGAUGCCGCCAUCUUCAGGAGCCUGACGAAGAGGAACGCGGUGCGGACGGACCAGCACAACUCCAAGUGGCUCAGUGAGCCCAUCUACAUCGACGCCCACCUGAUACCCGAUGGCUCCGACCCCAACGACGCCAAGCUCUACUUCUUCUUCCGUGAGCGGCUGGUGGACAACAGCGGCAACACCAAGAACAUCCACACCAUGGUGGCGCGGGUCUGUCCGAAUGACGUCGGUGGUCAGCGCAGUCUGGUGAACAAGUGGACCACGUUCCUCAAGGCGCGGAUGGUGUGCUCUGUUCUGGAGGAGGACGGAACCGAAACCCAUUUCGAUGAGCUGGAGAGCGUGUUUUUGCUGGAAAGUGAUCAGCCCAAGGCUCUGCUGGUGUUCGGCGUCUUCACCUCCACAAGCUCCGUGUUCCAAGGCUCAGCGGUGUGUGUGUACAACAUGGCCGACAUCCUGACUGUGUUCAAUGGACCCUUCGCUCACAGGGAGGGGCCCAACUAUCAGUGGACGGCGUUCCAGGGACGCAUUCCGUACCCGAGGCCAGGAACGUGUCCCGGCGGGGCCUUCACGCCCGACAUCCACACCACCAAAGAUUUUCCCGACGACGUGGUGACCUUCGUGCGGAACCACCCGGUCAUGUUCAACCCCAUCUACCCGCUGGGCAGGAAGCCCCUGGUGGUCCGGACCAACGCCGAUUACAAGUACACGUCGGUGGCGGUGGACCAGGUCGCGGCGUCAGACGGCAACUACCAGGUGCUGUUCCUGGGCACAGACAAAGGGACGAUCCAGAAGGUGAUCGUGCUGCCCACCAACCACUCACUGCAUGAGGACCUGAUCCUGGAGGAGCUGGAAGUGUUUAAGAAAGCGACUCCAGUGACCAACUUGAGAAUCUCAUCCAAAAAACAACAGCUGUACGCCAGCUCCCAGCUGGGGCUCUCGCAGGUCUCCCUGCACCGCUGCCAUGCCUACGGCUCGGCCUGCGCCGACUGCUGCCUGGCCAGGGACCCCUACUGUGCCUGGGACGGACUCAGCUGCUCCCGCUUCUACCCCAACGGUAAAAGGAGGAGCAGGCGGCAGGAUGUCAUGCACGGCAACCCGCUCACACAGUGCAGAGGCUUCAACCUGAAAGCCUACAGGAACGCGGUGGAGAGGACGCAGUACGGCGUGAAGAACAACACCACCUUCCUGGAGUGUAUGCCCAAGACCCCUCAGGCUUCUGUACGCUGGCUCAUUCACCGCGACAACGACAGACGGAAAGAGGUGAAGCUGAGUGAGCGAGUCAUAUCCACGGAGCACGGCCUCCUCAUCCGCUCCGUCCAGCUGUCGGAUCAGGGCCUCUACUACUGCCUGACCACGGAAAACAGCUUCAAGCGCACGGUUGCCAAGCUUCGCCUGCGUGUCCUCAGCCACUCCAUGGUGAGCUUGCUGACCGAGAAGCAGCAGUCGCCGUGGGCCUGGGCCAGCACCAUACAUCCCAAGGUCACGCUGGAAGCCUUCAGCCCCGCGGAGACCAUGGCUGUGGAGCAGUUCUGCAAGGAGAGGCGGGAGUUCAAGAGCCUCCAGCAGAAGCAGCAGCAGCGGCAGCCGCAGCCGCCGGGGCCGCUGCGGGGCGACCUGGCCAAACUCAAGCCCCUGCUGGACCGUCGGAAGAGUCGCAAUCGCAGGUUUGACUCUCCAGAGGCGUAAAGCAGCAGCAGCAGCCAAGCCGCACCGUCCGUCUAAUGUGUGAGAGUGAGGACACGAGCAAUGAGGCUGCGGACGUUGAGGGCAGCUCCGGAUCCCAGUGGGGGGCGCGGCAUGCAUGAAGCCACUAUUGGGCUGUGACUUUCUCUGAGUGCAGGGGCUGGUAGCGACACCUUUCACUCUCGUCCUGUCCUGUCUGACCCAGCGGCAGUCUCCAUCUUCUUCUGACUAAUGGAAGCUGAGAUGCAUCCAGGCUUCUCUGACUCGUCUGUGCUGUGUGGUCUCCAACCACUGCUUCUGAAGGAACACCCAGAUCCAACUGACCCGGUGAGACCCACACAACAUUGUGAGCCCACAGUCUCUGGCGGACGAUCCUCCACGACCGUCUGGACCGGACGGUGCACGAUGACCUUGGCGUUUCAAGAAGGUCCACCUCAACACUUCACUUGCCAAACAUGAGUGGCAUGACUUCUCUCACUGUGGAAGACAAAACGCACACAGCAAACAGACGUGCGUCGAUGUGUGACCAUUCCUCUCGGCUCACGCUGUUUAUUUAUUACUCAGUUAUGACUUCAUAAGUUGCUGCCAAUGUUUAAAGCCGACUGCCUGACGAGUGAAGCCGUGGGGCUGCAUCAUGGUGGGAGGAUCUCAAAGCCAAACCACCCUCGACUCCAUCCGCCAUGAUCACAAAUGUACAGGUCAUGUGACGACCUGCCAGCGAGUGCCCUGGGGGCUCGCCACGCUCCCCCUCCAGGUGGCAGGCUGAGCAGAGAGGCCCGGACGUCCCGCUUCCCUGGAGCCCUGACAUCCUCCUGAGCCAGGGGUCUGGCCCUCUUGGGCUUCAGUCAGGACUCGGUUUGUCUCCUCUGUUCUUGUAGAUAGAAAACAUGACGUGCAGUGAGUUACAGGGGUGGGCGGAGUCGGGGGCGGGGCACUAGUAUUGUUGCAUGGGAAGACUGUCAGAUCACAUGGGUUCGCUUGCUCCUCUCAAGCUCCAGGUUUGUCUCGUGAACCUGGAGAUAGAAACCCUCUGAAUUGAGUGAGUGAUAAAGAAGGGCAGGGCGCUCGCGUGUCACACUCCUGGUGCGGUCACAUGACCCGCUGCUGCUGUCAAACACUCGUCCACUUCCUCUUGGCUUAUUUGCCGGUGGAAGGUGAAGAUGUGUGUGAGUGUGUGUCUCGUGAAAAUGGUCUAUUUGAUGUCGUCCCCCGUGUCAGUGUGCUUGUAUAUAUUUUCCCUCUGAGGACAGCGUUGUAG